AUGUGUGCCCUCCACCUUCGACAGACAUUUGCCGAGAAGAUUAGGAGGGAUGUUGUCGUUCUUCCCGGCAAUUGGCCCCAGGAAUCCCCGACCGAAUCUCCGACGCAAGCAACCAGCAGUGCAAACCUGCGCUCUGCCAAGGCCGACGCUGAAAAGCGUUGGGGGGAAAGUCCUGAGGCAGCGCUUGAGCCUCUCUUCAGAUAUCAUGAAGCGCUGACGAUACAACCAUGCUGGGGGAAUCUAACGCCUCUCGCCUACUAUGCCGCCGUUUUCUUCUCUGCAGUUGGUCCUGAUCUGGAGCAACACGGACUCGAACGCUGGAAAAGUCUCAUAGAUGCCGGCUUGCUCGACUUCUGCGAACGAGUGCUCAGCAAAGAUGAUUUACUCAGCCAGAUAUAUCAGCCUUGGAAUUUGAAGUUCUUCGAGAUUCUCGAGUCCACCUUCCGAACCAUACAUCGAUAUCUAUUGGGUUUAGGAUCGAGUACCGAUCCUCAUCAUCCUCUACGUAUCCGCGCUAUCUCUAUCGCAAAUCAAUUAUGGCACAUCAUCAUUGACCGGCCCCACGCCUUUGUCAGUGUGGGCUGGGACAGCUCGUCAAAGGAGCAAUAUCAGCACAUGCUCUGUCGAGUGAUAUUGGCCUUUCAACCUAUUACGAGUACUCUUGGCACUUCUGGACAGUCUUUCAAUGGACCCAAAUGGCAGCCCUAUCAUCGCGUAGUUUUCUUCAAUUGGUUCCAUGGCCAUGACCCUACCGAUUAUAUGGGGCUCGUGGAAAGCCAUCUUCUUACGCCCUAUAAGCAUCUUUUCCCUCUGAUGUUUACAUCACCCCUCGACACAUCUCUGCCCGGCGACGAACCUCAAGAAUUCACGUCUUUCGUCGAGGACGAGAUUAUUGGAGUAUAUGGCGCUCGCGAAUUUCUUGACCGCCUAGCACUUAGCUUCCAACACCCCGAAAAUGUCAACAAGCGCCUCGUAUGGCUAACCAAAAUGACCAAAGCUACUAUUCUUCGCCAAGAGUUCACGCCCUAUAUCAGAGCCUCUGGUCUUCUCUGGAGCAUGCGCCAGGCCGCGGACCGACAAAUAAUGAAGGGAGAGAAGGAUGACAUGGCUACGUAUACUGUCUUUGACCACACUCUCAUGGUCUUCAGUCUUUUCAGUGAAAUCUUGAGUGUAUCCGAAGGGGCCGCUUACUUGGUGAAGGAGUGCGACGUGAUUGAGUUGCUAUCUAUGACGGUCGUUCUGGCUGUCAGGAUACAGCCGCUCGUCCCGCUUGGGUACACUGGACUAUCGUCUUGCGUGCACCCUUUGCGAGUGUGGACCGCGCUCGGAACAACGCUCUACAUGCGCAGCGGCAGGAACUCUCUUCUCAAGGCGUUCAAGCAUUCCGUCCGUAGAGAAUGGUAUCCGACACUUGUGGCGCUACGCACCCUUCCAAAGGGACACAUUUCGAACGACGAAGACAGCCAAAACUUUGCUCGGUUAUGGUAUGAACUCGGAAUGACUGUGGGUCUGGAUGAAAACAAGGAAAGAGAGGAGUAUGAGCGGUUUGGCAAACGCGCAGCUCGAUCAUGCUCGUGGCGCGAAUGUCGAUAUCAUACCGAGCCGGCACCGAAUCCGCCAAGGGUAUGCGUAGGUUGCGGCGAGGUGCGCUACUGCGGGAAACCUUGUCAGAUGAAGGAUUGGAAGCAAGGCCAGCACAAGAAGAGGUGCAAGCGGCUCAAGGAGAAGCCUAAUGUACCGCGCGAGUCGGCCCAGACUUACGGUCUUCUCACGUACUAG